CGAUAUGUAAUUCUGUUUUUAAAAGAGAUGUAAUUUUUCAUAUUUUUUCUCUCUUAGUUGUUUUUCAGGUUUUGAUAUGUUGGCUGAUUGAUCCAUGAAGGCACUCAGGCUAUGGCACCGAUUGGCUUUCUAGCACUGGCAGUGUAUGGAUUGGUGGUUGCCCGGGGCGACCAGUUAAAACAGGCCCGCACACCUUUGUUGCCCCAUCGGCCGUUUGUGGUCAUGUGGAACGCGCCUACCGAAUCCUGCCGUCUACGAUUCAAGGUGGAUUUGGACCUUAGUGUCUUCGACAUAGUUGCUAACCACAACGAGACCCUGAGUGGUCCCAACGUGACUAUCUUUUACCAUAGUCACCUCGGUUAUUACCCCUACUACACCGGCUCUGGAUUUCCCAUCAACGGUGGCCUUCCUCAGAACCAAAGCUUGAGCAAACAUCUCAGCAAAGCUCGAGCAGACAUCGAUAAGCUCAUACCCUUCAAGGACUUUCACGGGAUGGGCGUCAUCGACUGGGAAAACUGGCGUCCGCAGUGGGUGCGUAACUGGGGCUCGAAAGACAUCUACCGGAACAAGUCCAAAGAGCUUAUGCGAAAAUUGCAUCCGGGUUGGCCACAAAGCAAAGUGGAGAACGAAGCCAAGGAGGCGUUUGAGAGAUCUGGACUGGCGUUCAUGAACUCAACGCUCCAAUUGGCUGAAAGUCGGCGUCCACACGGUCUUUGGGGUUUCUACCUCUUUCCGGAUUGUUAUAAUUACGGUUACAAGCAGCAUCCGUCGCGUUACAGUGGAGAAUGUCCUAAUGUCGAGCAUGUACGUAAUGACCACCUGAUGUGGCUGUGGAAGGAGAGCACAGCUCUCUACCCUUCCAUCUAUCUUGACUAUGAGCUCAAGUCUUCACCCAACACGGUCAAAUAUGUGCACUAUCGUGUCAAGGAGGCCAUGCGGAUUGCCUCGAUCGCCCGGAAUGAUUAUACAUUGCCAGUUUUUGUCUACUCGAGGCCUUUUUAUGCCUAUACAUUUGAUGUACUGUCAGAGAGCGAUUUGAUCCACACUAUAGGAGAGAGUGCAGCACUGGGAGCCGCUGGUGUGGUGCUAUGGGGAUCUUCUGAAUAUUCAAGAUCUGAGGUAAACUGUCUUAUAAUCAAAAACUACAUCGAUGGUCCGCUGGGUCACUACGUGAUUAACGUGACCUCGGCCGCUAAACUGUGCAGCAAAGCCUUGUGCAAGAAAAACGGCAAAUGUGUCCGUAAGAGUCUUGAAUCUGGGGCCUAUCUGCAUCUUAACCCACGUUUCUUCAACAUUCAACUCAACCGAGGCAUCCGUGGACCUCGCUUCUACGUCAGUGGCCACCUGAACAACCUCGACAUCUUGGAAAUGAAGCAAAAGUUCACCUGCCAGUGUUAUCAGGGCUGGACCGGCAUCUACUGUGAGAUGCCUCAGGAAGCCCAGCCUCUCGCCCCACACCAGACGUACGGUGUCCUGGGAGAACUACUGGUGGUCUUGUCUCUGCAUUUCUCCUGUCUGUCUGCCAUAAUGUUCUUGGGGCUUUGUCUUAUCAUUAAGUGUCUGAUACUGUAA